GUCAGAGGAAAACUCGUGCGUACGCUGGUCUGACUCAGACUAGAGAAGGACCUUGUUUAUGGUGAACUUUCAGGCUUCUCCUUGAGGAAGGGGGGCGAUUUGGUUGAUAUGGACCAGACCCUCUGUCAUCUUCAGCCAGCAGGUCACAUCCUGCUGCCUGACCUCUGGAGGAGAGACACCGAGACGGAAGCCAACUUUCAUACCUGCUCCCCCUCGCUCAGACAGAAACCUCAGUUGUGUCCUGCAGACAAAUAGUUCAGGAAGUGUAAGAUCCUCCUGCUCAGUGAGCAGCUCCAGCUGGAGGAGAACUGGAAGUCCCCCCUUUUUGGAUCCUCGAGCAGAAGUCAGAAUCCCGUUUGGCUGAGGAGAUCAGUGCCUGCUUUCACCUUUUGAUUACCCGGGACCUCUGUAAGAAUGGCUGAGCUGUGAAACGCAGUCUGGACAUGUGUUGAUCCUGCUCUGUUUGUGUAACAGCAAGGUACAGCUGGCCUUGAUAUCCUGUGUAAUUUGUGAAGGAUGAGUCCAGCGGAUCAGUGGUGAUCAUGGCUGUCAGUGGUUACUGCUGACGGAGUCCACCCACUUCCACAGGUAUGACGCAGACCCUGAACCCCUCCUGGAGCUCUCAGCACAGGGGUACAGCUGACUGGUUUGGUGUGAGCAAAGACAGCGACAGUAUCCAGCGAUGGAGGAGGAGGAGCCUGCAGCACUGCAGCCACCUGUAUGGGGGUCUGAAGACGCAGGUGAUGAGGGAGAUGGAGCUCCACAGCCAGGACAACCUGUCCUUAGCCAGCACUGAGACCCCUUCUGCCCUGUUCCUCCCAGCACACCACUCCAGUCACCACCACCACUGUGGCAUGCAGCGGAUUGUAGAUCCUCUAGCUCGAGGUCGUGGCUUCCGCAUGGUGGAGGAGGUGGACGGGCUCAGUGUCCCCCAGACUCCACUCACACCGCGCACCGCAUCCCUCUGUUCGUUUUCCAGCUCCCGCUCUGCACUUAACAGGUUGCCACGACGACGAAAGCGGGAGUCAGUUGCUGUCAUGAGCAUCAAGGCUGCAGCAGCAUUAAUGAAGGGUCGAACGUUGGGUGACAGCACAGCCGGUCGACGGCGCAGACGGAGUUUCAUGCCUCCUAGUUUCAUUGACGAUGACACUGUGGAUUUUCCUGAUGAGCUGGAUACUUCCUUUUUCACCAGAGAUGGCUUUCAGGAAGAGCUGUCCAGCUACGCUGAUGAUGUUUUUGAGACGCCAUCAGAGGCCGACCUCAAACAGCUGGACGAGAGUGUCCUCACAGGAAGUGCACUGGACCGGAAUAAGCUGGAGAGGAGUCAUCUCAUGCUGCCUUUAGAGAGAGGGUGGCGGAAGGCUAAAGAGGGUUCCCUGGUGCAGCCCAAAGUUCGUCUGAAGCAGGAGGUGCUGAGCGUUGACAGCCAUCAGCAGCGAGGACAAAGAAUUACAGUUCCUGUCAAAAAUAUGUUUGCUCGGAACAAGAGGCCAUAUGGGCUGGGCAUGGUCGGUCGUCUGACGAACCGAACGUACCGCAAACGCCUGGACAGCUUUGUUAAGCGGCAGAUUGAAGACAUGGAUGAUCACAGACCGUUUUUUACCUACUGGAUCACAUUUGUCCAUCUGCUCAUCACCAUCCUGGCCGUCUCCAUUUAUGGCAUUGCUCCAAUAGGCUUCUCACAACAUGAAACUGUGGAUUCUGUGUUGAGGAAUAAGGGAGUUUAUGAAAAUGUAAAAUUUGUGCAGCAGCAGAACUUCUGGGUGGGUCCAAGCUCUGAGGCGCUGAUUCACCUCGGAGCCAAGUUCUCUCCUUGUAUGCGCCAAGAUGAAGAGAUCCACAAACUGAUCCAGGAGAAGAGAGAGAGAGAGAGAGAAUCGGGCUGCUGUGUGAGAAACGAUCACUCUGGCUGUCUGCAGACAUUACAAGACGAGUGUUCGAGCACUCUUUCAGAGUGGGUGAAGUGGCCUCAGCACCCCAGUGCUCCACAUUUAAAUGGUGAAGUACGUCAGCAUGGUGCAGUCUGCCAUCAGGACCCCAGGAUUUGUCAAGAGCCAGCUUCAGUUUCACCUCACGAGUGGUCAGAUGACAUCACGGAGUGGCCAAUUUGCACGAAAUACAACUCUGGGAAUCAUACCAACCUUCCUCACAUAGACUGCGCCAUCACAGGUCGGCCCUGCUGCAUUGGGACCAAGGGGCGAUGUGAAAUCACCUCCAGAGAGUAUUGUGACUUUAUGCAUGGCUACUUCCACGAGGAGGCCACGCUCUGCUCCCAGGUGGCCUGUAUGGACCAUGUUUGUGGACUGCUGCCUUUCCUGAAUCCGGACAUCCCAGAUCAGUUCUCUCGGCUGUGGCUGUCUCUGUUUCUUCAUGCUGGGAUCCUGCACUGCGUGGUGUCCGUGCUCUUCCAGAUGACGGUCCUGAGAGAUUUAGAGAAGCUGGCUGGCUGGCUGAGAAUCUCCAUCAUCUACAUGCUGAGCGGCAUCACUGGCAACUUGGCCUCUGCUAUAUUCCUGCCCUACAGAGCAGAGGUGGGUCCUGCUGGAAGCCAGUUUGGCAUCCUGGCCUGUUUGUUUGUGGAGCUGUUUCAGAGCUGGCAGAUCCUGGAGCGCCCGUGGCGAGCGUUUGCUAAACUGUUUGCCAUCUCGGUCUUCUUCUUCUCUUUUGGUCUGCUACCUUGGAUCGACAACUUUGCUCACAUCUGUGGUUUUGCGUCAGGGUUCUUCCUGUCCUUCGCUUUCCUUCCAUACAUCAGCUUUGGGCACUCUGACAUGUAUCGGAAGCGAAUCCAGAUCUGGGGCUUCCUGCUGAUCUUUGUGGGUCUUCUCUCUGCGCUGGCCGUUCUGUUUUACGUGAAUCCGGUGAAGUGCAACUGGUGCGAGUACCUCACCUGCAUCCCGAUAACAGACACGUUCUGUGAGAAAUACGACCUGAAUGCACACCUCCACUGAAGAUCGGACACUUUAAAGUCAUAGCUGGGACAUCAGCUGUGUCGUGAGGGUGAAAACUGGACUGGGUGCUUUUAGAUGAGGAUUUGUACGGAUCUCUGAAUUAAAGAUCCCAAGAGACUCCAUCAUGAAUAAAGGCUGAGCCUGAAAGCUGUACAGCAGAUCUAAGGGAAGUUAUCUUCUAAAGAAAGACUGACUGAAAAGUCACUCUGGAGGACAGAUAGAGAACAGACUCAAUCCUGUUCAACUAUGAUGAAAAACAGGUUCCAUGCUGCCAUCAAGGGGCCAAAAGGGGCAUUACAACAUCAAGAAAGGGUUUGUUUAAAAGUGCCUUAAUGAUGCUCACUAACAGAAAUGUGUGGGGAUACUUUAACAGCAUGUAAAUUGUGUUUUUAUACUGCAGUAGUUUGUGUCUGAAUGUGUUUCUAGAAAAGCUGCUUUUUACACUUCACACAAAUCCGUUAUUUUUCUGAUACACAGAAUCUGUAGAUAAAAAACUGUUAAACAAUUAGUUUAAAAUACUGUUAAAAUCAUGCAUUUAUAAAUGUUGUUUUCAUUAAAGAUGAUAGCAUUUUAGCUACUUUUCUACUAACA